ACAAUACCCAUUCAGAGUCAUCUGCCAGUUUCGGGAAAAGCAGAGUGUAUAGAGAGGGGAAGUUAAGAAAAGCAUCUCAAAGAAAAAAUGUUAGACAUCAUUCAAUUCAUAAACCAGCAAAUAAGCUUUUUAAAUCCUCUCUAUCUUACGAUUGCAGUCCUCUCCUUCCUUUUCUUCGCUUAUUUCCUCAUCAAAUGGCUCACUUCUUCCCCUCACAGAAACCCACCGCCUUCCCCACCAAAACUCCCAAUCCUUGGAAACCUCCAUCAACUUGGGAAAAACAUUCACCGCUCUCUUUCAUCACUCGCCCAGCGUUAUGGCCCUGAUCUCAUGCUGCUUCAUUUUGGCAGCAAGCCAGUCGUUGUUGUCUCAUCAUCAGAUGCUGCACGAGAGAUCGUGAAGACGCACGAUAUUGCUUUCUCAAGCAGACCCACCACCGCUGUAUACCGGAGACUUCUCUACAAUAACAAGGAUGUCGCGGGUGCACCGUAUGGCGAGUAUUGGAGACAGAUGAGAAGUAUUUGCGUGCUCCACCUCCUUAGUAAUAGAAGAGUUCAAUCUUACAGAAGCGUAAGAGAAGAAGAAGUAGGAGUGUUGAUAGAGAAGAUCAAACAAUUCUCAUCAAAAUCUUUGCCGGUAAAUUUGAGCCAAAUGUUAUCUUGUCUUACAAAUGACGUGAUAAGCAGGAUAGCAUUCGGGAGGAAGUACAGCGGAGACGACGGUGAAGAUGGGAUAAAGUUUCAGAGACUGUUAGGAGAUUUCAUGAGAUUAUUGGGCAGUUUUAGUGUGGGAGAGUAUAUUCCUUUUCUUGGAUGGAUUAAUUGGAUAAAUGGAUUGAAUAAGAGUGUUGAUAGAACUGCUAAAGAGUUAGAUGAAUUUAUUGAUGCAAUAGUGGAAGAGCAUAUGGAUGGAUUCAGUAGCGAAGGAAGUGAAGAAGAUGUUAAGGAUUUUGUGCAUGUGCUGCUUGAGCUGCAAAAGGAGUACGGCGUAGGGGGUUCUCUUGAUCGAGAGAGUAUAAAGGCUCUAAUUCUGGAUGUUUUUGCUGGCGGAACUGACACCUCUUCCACAGUCUUGGAAUGGAUAAUGACAGAGCUCAUCCGGCACCCUAGAGUCAUGAAAGAAUUACAAAAUGAAGUGAAGAGAGUUGCACGAGAAAAAGCAAGCACAAGUCACAUAACGGAAGCUGAUUUAGACAAAAUGCAUUACACGAAAUUAGUGAUCAAGGAGGCACUUCGCUUGUACAGUCCUUUACCACUACUAGGACCAAGGGAAACAAUCCAAGAUGUCAAAGUAAUGGGCUAUCACAUUGCUGCAGGAACUAUGGUUUUAACCAAUGGUUGGGCCAUUUCAAGAGACCCCAAGACAUGGACCAAACCUGAAGAGUUUUGGCCUGAAAGAUUUUUGAACAAUUCCAUAGAUUUCAGAGGUCAUGACUUUGAAUUCAUUCCUUUUGGUACUGGCAGGAGGGGCUGUCCAGGAGUUUCAUUUGCCCUGCCCGUUGUUGAGCUUGUGUUGGCAAAUCUUGUGAAGAAUUUUGAGUGGGCAUUGCCUGAUGGAGCUAAGGGAGAGGACCUGGAUUUAGCUGAAACCUUUGGUGUUACUAUUCAUAGAAAGAAUCCUCUUCUUGCUGUUGCAACGCCUACUUCUGACUAGCAUUAACGCUGUAGGCUUUCUACUUCAUUAAGGUAAUAAUGUCAUCAGAAAUAAAUAUAUAAAUACUUAUGCA